ACGCAUGUUCUCUUCAAGGAGAAAUGUACCCCGACGCCCGAAACUCUCCCUCCAAGGGAAAAGCAAAACAAGCUGAUGCACAAAACUGGCACUCCCACUGGUGGGAUUUUCAUCCACUAGCAGAUAAUCUCCAAAGACCCGUCGCGUGGUCCAAUGCAUCAACCAUAUUCACUGCCCACCCUUCUCAACCCUUAAUACUUGGGAGAUCCUUUUCUUCCUCAAAACAGUUUCUCAUCGUAUCCCCAGAUCAAAUAUUGAACAAUCCUGCGGCUUAUGAACCUCCAAAUGUUAUCACAGUUUCAUCCAAUGACCAUUGGUUAUUCGCAUACUUUCCAGGUCGCGACUGUGACGGCGUCGGAUGUCUGUGGCAACGUGGAUACACUAUUGACAAGUGGAAUAUCAGAGACUACUGGGCUUGCGAACGAGGCGCUGGUAUAGUCAAUGCUGUGUUCGUCAGCGCCCAACGCGAGUGGGUCACAUGCCCAGAUGGUUCCACCACUCGCUUGGCUCAAUGCGGACCUCUGACCCCUGUAUCUAACCCCACCCUACUCACAGUAACCCAGGCUCACCAACUAAAUGUCUACUUCUUGCGCACUUAUGCGUCAGGUGUAAAAUCUUUGACCUGUCCCCUUGUGCAGGCGUGCUAUAUUGCCGAGAACAUGAGCCAAGUUGCUCAUGAUCCUCCCCGUGGACCCAAGACUUCCAGGCUCUGCAGUGCAGCUUCGUUCGGUUUCAUUUUCAACGAUCGCACGCGUCUCGCAGAGUCUGUGUUUAUGGUCGCCAUGCGAUCCCGACGCUAUCCGUUAUCGGAUACCCUAAGAGCAGCAUCGGAUAACUCCCAUGAUCUCGGACUUUCUCUUGAUAAUCAACUGGAUGAGCGCCCACCAUUGUUGGAUUGGAAUUCUUACCAAGAGGAGCAGAUGAUCGAGCUUUGUGAGGUGAAACUGCGUUUUGACGGCUUGUGCAUGUCCGUCCUCACCGCGCCUCUCUCACCUAUCUACUAUCCUGCGCCUUGCCUGACCAACUUCAUGUUCGUCUCGGUACCUGGGUCCAAACCAGAUACUUCCACGUCGCCCAAAGCAUCACCAAUGAAAGACAAGCAACCCCAACGUGGUCAGCUAGAACUACCUAUGACAUAUCUAGUUGCAUCAUUCUUGGAUUUCGAGGAAUACGCGUCACUGCCAAAGUCUCGCAUAGUUGCAUAUUCAAUAGUCAGGGUUAUUCCUCCAAAUAGCAAGAUUCCUUGGGCUGCACGGCUUGUGGGAGAUCGGUCUCUCUCUCCUCGCAUUCUUACAGUUGUUGCCCCCGGCUCUUUGUCAGUCGCGAUGAGAAAGGCAACCGUAGUUGUUGCAAUGACCAAUCCAGGGGGGGCGUUGGCACGGGGCGCAGCCAAACCAAAAGAAAUCCCUGUGGGCAAUCUCUUCGCCUUGCAACUACCAGACCUCUCCGAUGAUCCCGAUUGCGAUCAUCCAAGUAUUCUUGCACCUGUUAACAGAACGAGCAGCGAUUGUCCUCUGAGUAUAUUCACAUCGCCUAACAAAUUGCUCGCCUGUGCAGUUUCGAUGUUACAGACUUCAGUUUACAUUCUUCCAAGGGCACGGAUCACUUCAGGAUCAAAAGACACCCUGCAUCAGUUGCCGCUCGCACAAGCCCUGACUGUUGCACUUCAAUCUCGGAGAUCGACAGCAGAUAUCUCUCACAUUCUGUCUCUCCCAAGUACUCCAGCCACAAUGCUGCAUGAUACGCUAUUUGGUACGUUGACUUCCUACGAAGUGAAUGCCCGUCUUGGCACUGCGAACUCGUUUUCGAUGGCCGACGUGAUGGGAGCUGCUGUUGAGAUCUACAGAGCGAGGGCACGUUGGACGCAGAACGAAGAUGAGAAAGAGAGAUAUUUGAUGCUCUCACGAAACGCUCUGAAUGUGUGUUCUGUCUCUGCUUGUUCCGCUGCUUUUGAAAACUGCAAAGAGUCAGAGGGAUAUGACCUCGAGCCUGUCUGGCAGUUAAUUAGCCUGUCAACUUGGGUGGUCGCUUUCUUGGAAGAUCUCAUGAAAGAAUGCGUCUUUCUGGCUGACCUGGCCGACCCAACCCCAAACACAAGUCUAAACUCCAACGAAGUGAUGCCGAAGCAGGAGCCCAUGGACGAUAACCCAUUUCUACGAAAUUGGCUCACGUCUCCCUCCCAACAAGUCACGAACCAGUCGCCUCAUUCAGUGUCAUUAGACACACCGAUACUUCUCCAUCUAGUCCAUCCACUUUUUCUCUCAAAUCUUAGGGCUGUGGUGUUUCACGUCAGCUCUUUUCACCAAUAUUUGACCUCGAUGACAGCAAAACGGGAGAACUCGCAGUUCGCGAGGGAUACCAUGCUGGACCUCGUCAAUUCAUCAGGCUUGGACCUGAAAGUCCUCGAAGACAUUCUCAGCUCUGCGAUCCCUGAAGCGAGUGCAAUUCCAGUUGAAGAAGUCAUGGCUUCGUUCGCUGAGGGACAUCCUGUGCCCGCGCAACACGAGCAACUGAAGAAGACCAUCCGAUCGCUUACCACAUCAUCCGCGAUAGACAGGCCUCGUUUGUUCAUCAAGUCGUCUGAUCUUGUUGACGGGUUUGCGAAUUUGUCAGUGUCGAAUCAUCCUGUGGGAGACGAUCCGGGGAUGGACGUGGUGACAAAGGGAAGGCUUUUGACACAGAAACCUGGGCUACUUUGUUUGAGGUGUGGUGGACGCUCACAGGUCGGAGGUGAGGUGAUGGUUGCGGGACAUUCAUCUCCGAGAUGGAAGAUCUGGGAAAGGAUGUGGGCGGCGAGGUGCAUCUGUGGGGGAUCUUGGGUGAACGGAAAUACUUAGUACGCAUGGCACACUGCGCCGUACUGUGCUGCUUCCUAGAUACUGCUUAUCGUGUUGCAUCUCCCUCUAACCAUUAUUGUACCGAGUCCUGAUAUGUAUUUCCCUGCAAUAAUGGUACAAUUGGUGCGAUUUUGUGGCCACUUUGA